UUCUCAUUUAUUUUUCAUUCGAAAUCAUUUCGCAUUUUCUCAUCGAUCGUUUUCAUCGAUUUGUACAACAAUUUUCCUGUUUUUGAUCAUAAUCAUUUUGAAUCAGAAUAAUCAUCACCAUGUGGCUUCACAAGCAAUGCCAGCUUCACCCAGCAAGGCUCAAACGGAAAUCGGUCGUAACAUAACGAAAAUAUUAAAUACUAUUCUAGAUAAACGUUAUGACAAACGUGUCCGGCCCGACUAUGCUGGGCCACCAGUCGAAGUGGGUGUUACUAUGUAUAUAAUAAGCAUUUCGUCCGUAUCAGAAGUUCAAAUGGAUUUUACCGCCGAUUUUUAUUUCCGGCAAGGUUGGCGUGAUAAACGUUUAUCAUUUAAACCACGUCCCGGUAUUGAUGCCUUGUUUGUUGGUUCAGAGGUUUCCGAUAAAAUUUGGGUGCCAGAUACCUUUUUUGCUAAUGAAAAAUGGGCACAAUUUCAUCAGGCUACUACUUUUAAUACUUUUAUACGGAUUCGUGCUAAUGGUGAUGUAUUGCGAUCAAUUCGAUUAACAGUAACAUCAAGUUGUCCGAUGAAUCUUCAAUAUUUUCCGAUGGAUCGACAAUUAUGUACAAUUGAAAUCGAAAGUUACGGUUAUUCAACGGCUGACAUAAAAUAUAAAUGGGGUAUCGAUGGUAAAGGUUCGGUGGGCAUUUCAGACGUUGUCGAACUACCGCAAUUUAAAAUCAAAGGCUUCAAAGAGUUUUCGAAAACUGAGGUUCUAAGCACAGGAAAUUAUUCACGCCUGGUUUGUGAAUUGGAAUUUGUACGAAGUAUGGGCUAUUACCUGAUACAGAUUUACAUUCCUGCUAGUCUGAUUGUUAUAAUCAGUUGGGUAUCAUUUUGGCUACAUCGUAAUGCAUCUCCUGCUCGUGUACAAUUAGGCGUAACCACUGUGUUGACGAUGACAACGUUGAUGUCAUCAACAAAUGCAGCAUUGCCCAAGAUUUCCUAUAUCAAAUCGAUUGAUGUUUAUUUGGGAACUUGUUUCGUCAUGGUAUUUGCCUCCUUAUUAGAAUAUGCUACUGUUGGUUAUAUGGGGAAACGAAUAGCUAUGCGUAAAAAUCGUCAUACACAAGUAGCCAAAUUCGCACAAUCUCAUAGGAUAUCAACAAUGAUGGCAGCAGCAGCUGCAGCAGCCGCGGCAUCAUCAAAAUCAAGUGGUCAUCCAUCCAACAGUAUAGAAAUGAUGCCACCUGGUACACCACACCCACCGAUCGCAUUUGCAGAUUCAACAACAGGUGAAUCGCCACGAGCUCGAAUGUCGAUCGCGAACACAAAUAAUCCACCAGAAAUGCGAUUUAGAAUGAUUGGCAGUUCCAGUGGUCAAAGUCAACCUGGUCAAUCCGAUCCAAAAUGUCGACCAUCAUAUGAUUUUAACAAGAAAAAAAUAUCAUUAGCAAUGGUUGAAAGCGAUGUUGAAGAAGGUCAACAACAGGCACCACAGACACCUGGUACACCACCACCACAGAUACCGAUACCCGGAGCAAAAAAUCAGAACACAUUAUUCGGUGUUUGUCCAAGCGAUAUUGAUAAAUAUUCACGUGUUGUGUUUCCAGUUUGUUUUCUUUGUUUUAAUCUAAUGUAUUGGAUCAUUUAUAUGCAUAUUAGUGAGUUUCUCACUGGCGAAUUCGAUGAAAAUUGAUUGGCCAUUCAUUACACAAUUCAUAAAAGCCAAUUGUGUUUUAAUCACUUUAUACGCCCAUACCUACUACAUAAUCAAUUGUUGAUUAUUAUAUGAAAAACC